AUGGUGCUCCACGCCCUGCAGAUCGCCGGGCUGGUUCUGGGGUUCGUCGGCAUGGCCGGGACCCUGGGCACCACCCUCCUGCCCCAGUGGCGAGUGUCCGCGUUCAUCGGCAGCAACAUCGUCGUCUUCGAGAGGAUCUGGGAAGGGCUGUGGAUGAACUGCGUCCGGCAGGCCAAGGCCACGCUGCAGUGCAAGCUCCACGGCUCGCUGCUGGCCCUCCCUCCCGUGCUCGAGGCCGCCCGGGCCCUCAUGUGCGUGGCCGUGGCCCUCUCCCUGGCCGCCCUGCUGGUGGGCGUCGGCGGCAUGAAGUGUGUGCAGUGCGCCGGCUCCAGCGGGAGGACCAAGGCCUGCCUCCUGGGCACGGCCGGGGUCCUCUUCCUGCUGACGGGCCUCCUCGUCCUGAUCCCGGUGAGCUGGACGGCUCACAUCGUCAUCAGGGAUUUCCACAACCCGGCUGUCCACGUGGCUCAGAAGCGGGAGCUGGGGGCGGCCCUGUUUCUGGGCUGGGCCAGCGCCGCCGUCCUCUUCCUCGCGGGGGGUCUGCUCUGCGGCGUCUGCUGUUGCCAUAGGAAGAGGCAAAGGCGCCGCGACCCCGUCCCCGGGCUCUGUGCGCCGCGCGCGGAAAAGCGCAGGAACGGGCCCGGGCCCCGCAGGGCCUCCGCCAGCUACGUCUAA